UCAUAUUAUCAGUUUAUUUUUAUAACAGUCACUAGCUGUACGGGUAAAUAUCAGUAAUUAGUCUAUAGAAGCAAAUAGAACGAAACUUCUUCGACUUGUAGCCGAAUCCUCUUUAAUAUUUAGAUAAACUGAUGUUAUAUUAAAAGGCACGAGGAACUAUCAAGGUAGUACGUUAAACUAACAGCUACAUGAUUAUAAUAUAAUUUUUUCUUACAAUCAAAAUGUACACAGUGUACUCUGAAAUUACACAACUUUCUAAAAAUACAGUUCAUCGAAUACUUGGAUAUGUUGCAAAUACGGUAGCUACCCUAAAUUAUUAUUCUACUGUAAUAAAUUAUGUUUUCUUUUACGUAAAAUAAACCUUUAGUAACACUGCAUACUUGAGUUCGAUCAAAAAAGUUGAUAUUUUAUUAAGGAAUCCAAUUUCUAUGUCCACUACUGUUUAUAUUAAAAAGUUGUGAAGUAUGAUAUUAUUAACUAAUAAUUCACGACCUCGUGGUCCUCAAAACUUUGAGAAUGACCCAGACCUAACCAUAAGAGUCGAGAACAUUUUACUUGAUUUGCUUGUAUGGAUUAAUUGUCACAUUAAAGUCUUCUAACUAACAAGCAUGCCAUUACGUUAUUUUAAAUAUUAAUAAUAAUGUAGAUACAGUGUAUAAUUGUACAUGUACGCUUUAAAACUUACCACGUGACUCAACGUAACUAUUUAUGGGCCAGAUUAGUUCCUACUCCUAAUUGGAACUAAAUACUAUUAGGUGGACUGGAAAGUAAUGUCGUUUCUUUUACAUUAAAUUCAAACAAAUUUUUUAUAAAUUUCUAUUUUUAAUUAUUAAUUAUAUAAUACGCUCCCGUUAUCAAUAGCCUUUGGCAUCUAGUAUGCAAGUUGUCAAUGCCAGAUCGAUAAAAAUCAAUGAGCUGAUGAAUGAUAAAUAAGUAUUUAAAAUUGUAAAAACGACAUUAUUUUCCGGUUCACCUAAUAGGAACGUUUUAUUGCUUCCCAAUUCAGAUUAUUAACUAAAUUACAGAAGGUAUCUGACCAGGUAGUAAGAUCAAUAAGGAGUGAAAGCAAUAGCAUACUCGAAUGCCCCGAGCUAAUGGUUCUAAAAUUACAGACAAAUAAAUGAUAUCAACUCUUACUUAUUCGCGAUAAAAUACCAUUUAAUAAAAAAUCUUAAAAUUGUUGUUUCUUCGAACUUCCUCGCUCUUGUAUUAUCUAUAUCCGUGCAAUAAGUUUCUCUUCAUAAAAGGGAGUAAUUACAUGCAAAUACGCUUUAAUUGAAACAAUUAUGGCUUUUCACUCGUCAUAGCUGUGAUCUCAUUAUAUUCGUACUCUUUAUAACCAGGUUCGACUUUACAUUCGCCCGACUAUUCGCAUCACUGAUUUCGAGCACACACUAUCUACUAAUAAGUAGUUAAAUUGUUCAACUAUGUACAUUCUACAGUGUUACAUAUGUAUGCACGUCAUUAGUUGCAGAACGGUAUUGCUAGAUAGAAAGUUUUGUUGGUCCAAUUGUUGUUGAGCAUCUUCUUCGUUACAAACAAUUGUUUAAAAUAUCUCAUGAAUUAAUGCCUUUUUUUUACCACUUUACCCUAAUUCAAUCUGUGCAAACAAAAGCAUGCAUUCCCGUUAAAAAAAAUAAUGCAACUAUCUAUUGCACACGCACCACUGCAUUUCUAAAACAAACAUGGUCCUACAAAUACAGUGUGUAUUCAAAUAAAUCAGUCAAAUAUUACUUUCUCCAAAAACAUUCGUGGCACCCUUCGUACUGUGCAAUUUUAUUUCAGAACCGUUCGUAUCGUUACUGUAAUAAACUACCCCGAAAGUUGUGAUGGAAAUACCUAUUUAAUUACAUUCAAAAAAAAAAUAAUACAGAUAGAAAAAAAUGUUAAAUAAAAGAAUGCACUAAAUAUAAAUGGUACGAGGGUAGUUUUCACCCCUUAAACAUGAAUAUCAACCAACAUAAAAAUAUACGUGUCUAAUUUCUUUUUAAUGCUCUAUCUAUACACCAAGUUUCAUCAAAAUCGACAUACACGGUCUGUCUAAAAAGAAACCGAACUUUUGUUAUAAAAAGAAAAAAAUACAAGUAAAGUGGUUUACACACACGUUUAUUUACUCAAAAUAAUCUCCCUCUGCGUCAAUACAGCGUGUAGACCGCGUAAUUAAUAUUUCGAAGGACCUUUGCAGCUCUUGUUUUGGUUCCUCGUUUAGUACGGCGGUUACAGCGGCCUGAAUCUCCGAAAUAUUGCUAUAAUGUGUCCGUUUCAUUGGAAUUAGCAUUGUUACCUUGGAUCGUUCACCCUACUCGCCCGAUCUGUCUCCCUGCGAUUAUUUUCUUUUCCCAAGAUUGAAAAUUCCAAUGAAAGGGACACAUUAUAACAACAUUUCGGAGAUUCAGGUCGCUGUAACCGCCGUACUAAACGGGCUACCAAAACAGGAGCUGCAAAGGUCCUUCGAAAUGUUAAUUACGCGGUCUACACGCUGUAUCGAGGCAGAGGGAGAAUAUUUUGAGUAAAUAAACGUGUGUGUAAACACUUUACUUGUACUUUUUUUCUUUUUAUAGCAAAAGUUCGGUUUCUUUUUAGACAGACCGUGUAUAAUAGUUGGGUGAUGCUCCUUGUUAGUUUCAAAGAACAUUUUACCACCCAAAUAAUUCCAUAAUCACUAAUUCUACGAUUCCACGAAUAAAAGAUUACAGACUUUGAUCUCUUUUCAACUCUGUGUCUUCCCUACUCUAAUAUCUCUGUGUCUAUAAAUCCCAAAUUCCACAAAAUUCUCGCCAAACACCUGAAGUCGAUCUCGAUAUCUCGCCCAACCGAUCUCUCGAAUACAUUAUUCGCGUGAAAAUUGCACCGCGAACGCGACGUCUUAACCUAAUGUUCAGGCCUGUUGCAGAUCAAAAUUAUCGUCUUCGAAACACGGAUGAAAAAUCAUUCGUUUCGCUAAAAGUAUACUUUCAGCCUAAUGCGCAGCACAAAGAAGGCCGCUACAAAAAUAGUUAGCACCGUAGAUGUGUGCUGCUAAUUCGCGUUGUCGAUCACCGCCGCGAUCAGGAACCCCGACAGAGAGCCACGCAGACAACGUUAGGUUCCAUCAGCAACAUUCACCGCCCCAUCCCAAUCCUUACGCUUAUUAUCCACCACCGCCGCCGCCUUAUCCACCGUUCAAUCCUUAUGCCCAUUACUCGCCUUAUCCUCAAAAUGGAUUUUAUCCGGCGCCGUAUUGCAACGACGUAGAGCACGAAUCGAAGGGUUCGUCUUGGAUCGGCAUUAUCUUGCUGGUACUUCUGAUAUUGGCAGCCGUUAGCAUUGUUUUCUAUCGGUCACUCUCGCGCGAUACUCGGCGAAGAUUGAACGCUAGGCUGCCCACGUUAACGCAACCGGCACAGGGUAAUAAUCGCGUGGACAGAGUCCUUUAAACCGUAAUCACCUUCGCAAGCGAUAUCCCGAGCGAGGCACGUCCUAAAAAAAGGUCGUCUUUUUGAACCUGCAGACCGCGAAGAGCAAAAGAGACGCGAAACAGAAUUUUCCUGCGGAAUUUAUCCUAUUUUCCGAGCUGACUGCCGAAAACGAUAGGCAAUAUGUUUUCUGCGACGGAUGCGACGGUUUCACGUCUGGAACUGAUAAUAACAGGG